GUGCGUUUUAAGGCUAAAUUCAUCAUUAACUAACUAAUUAUAGAUACUUCAAGAAAAUAGUAUAAAUUCUUAUAGGAUAUGAAAAUGAUUUCAUUGAAAAGUUCAUACACAACUAUGCAUUGGCCUUGUUCUGGUAGUCCAGAAUGUAAAGGAUAUUUCAUUUACCCACAAGGAAGAAAUGCACAUCAACUAGGAUGUAAUUAUGCAUUAAAACAUCGAAUAAGAAGAUGGACAGUUGGACUUAAAAAGAAAUGUGGAUUCAUUCGGGAAAGGAAUUAUUUUACUAAUGAUGAUGAAAUAGGUUGUAUUAAACUAUCACGUAUGAAUGUUAUGACGUACUCUAGAAAAUUGGAUUGAAGUUCAAUAUGUUUUUGAUGUACCAUCAAAUACUAUUUAUUACAAGAUUAAUUAGCUUUAUUGUUUCUUUUUUUUAGUCUUCAAGCUGUUACCUAAAUUAAUAGUCUUUAGUAAAAUGAGAAAUUAACGACUUUUCAAUGAUCUCUUUCAUAUGGUUCAAAAAAAUGAUCUGUAAUAUGACAAAAGAAUGAGAUCGAAAAAAUA